CAGAGUGUAUGAACUCCCCGCCAUAACAAUGGCGACACGACAAGCCACAAUGAUACCUUUUUUUACAACAUUACUAGAUUCAUGUUUCACAACAAAAAACCUAGAAAAACUCAAACAAAUACACGCCAAAACAAUCAUAACCGGCAUUUCCCGCCACGAUUUUAUUCGCUCAAAACUAAUUUCUUCGUAUUCAUCUUGUUCUCAAUUACACCAAGCAUCGAUUAUUUUCUCAUACACUAACCGCCAAUCCACAUUCCUCUUCAAUACCCUCAUCAGAUCGUAUUCGAAUAUCGGAUACUUCUCCGAUUCGCUUGAUCUUUUUCGGAAAAUGACCCGAGAUGGGAAACGAAUAGACCGGCAUACGUUACCGGCUGUUUUGAAGGCGUGUGCGGGUAUUCCGGCUUUAUGGAUGGGGGAUUGUGUUCAUUUGGUUAUGAUUAGAAGUGGGUUUGAUUCAGAUGUUGUAAAUUUGAAUGCUUUAGUGACAAUGUAUGGGAAAUGUGACAAAUUGGGGUAUGCGCGUAAGGUGUUUGAUGAAAUGUCUUACAGAAAUGUGGUUACUUUUUCGGCUAUGAUGAAUGCUUAUGGGAUUCAUGGGAAGUGUAAUGAGGUUUUUGAGGUUUUUGAGAGGAUGGUUAAUGAUGGGGUUGAGCCGGAUGAGGUGACGUUUACUGGGGUUUUGACGGCGUGUAGUCAUAAGGGGUUUGUUGAUAAAGGGGUGGAGUAUUUUGUGAUGAUGACGGAGAGGUUUGGAGUUAAGCCGAGCUUGGAACAUUAUACGUGUAUGGUUGAUAUGUUGGGGAGGGCUGGGAGGGUUGAGGAGGCUGAGAUGAUGGUUGAAGAGAUGGAUGGUGUUCCUGACGAGGUGUUAUGGAGUGCGUUAUUGGCUGCUUGUAAGAAACAUCGGAAGGUGGAAGUGGCCGAGAGGUUGGCAGAAAAGAUAUAUGGUAGACAGUUGGUUUCAACAUAGUUUAUACGUGAAAGUGAUUCUUGAACAUUGUGGAUAGGUAGUUGAUGUAUAUUGGGUAAGGAAGUUACUUUUUGAGAAAUUUUGAGGUAUGCUGGUUGAUAGUUGAAAGUGUUUAUUGAAGUUAGAUAUUGAAUUCUCGCGGCUUAGCUGUUUAUGGUUUUUGGAUCGAUUACUUGCACUAUUGAGCAUGCAAGUAAGUUUUGAACUCU